AUGAUAAUUUUCGGCGGCUCGAAGAUUAACGCUGUCGCGGUGUCCCUGCAGUACCUCCUGUCGCUACUCGCGGUGUCGCUACUCGCUGCAGUAGUACCUGUUGCGGGAAAUCCGCCUCUGCCGCCGGCGGUGGCGCCGCCGGCCACGCCACGGCUCGUUUUGCUGGCGAAUAACUCGUUCGACGCGAAAUGCCUCGACGGGAGUGCCUCCGCAGGAGCAAGGCGUAUCUCGGCAGCAGCACCUUCUAUCCUCAAGACCCCACCAACGUGGUACGCUGCUCUCUACCCCUUAAAGCCUCCCUCCCCGCCCAAGGCGCCACUCGGCAGCAGCACCUUCUAUCCUCAUGAUCCCCCCAACGCGAACCUCUCGCCGGGUUUCAACGGCAUUCUCAACAGCAGCAAUGAGGCCGCAAUUUCACAGCUGGAACCUUGUUCGUCCUUCUUGUCCCCUCCGCCCCUCCCCCAUUCCCCUCUUCAGAACCUCUCUCCGGGUUUCUAUGGCAUGCUCAGCAGCAACAGCAGCAUCAACCCGCACUUCCACAACUGGAACCUCGUUCGUCUCAUCUACUGCGACGGUGGCGGCUACUCAGGCACGGCAGGGAGGGUGGAGGUUGGGAGCAAUGGUAACAGCACCACGAUUUACCUGGAUGGGUGGAAGAUCGUUCAAGCUGUGAUUCAAGAUCUGAAAUCCAAGCAGGGAAUCAGAUCCGCGGAUCAGAUCCUCCUCGUGGGCAGCUCAGCGGGCGGCCAAGCAGCCGUGGCGCUCUGCGAUCGCAUCGCCGGCGCUUUCCCCUGGGCGGCAACUAAAUGCGUCUCCGACUCGGGCUUCUUCAUUGAUUCCAAGGACCGAGAGGGAGGGAACACGUGGCGUGUCUCUGCUCUUCUGAGAGCCGUUUCCCCCAUUCCUCCCGUGCUCCCCCCCUCCCCAACUUCCCCUUGUAUGCCCCAUCCCCCACACGAUACGAUUUUCAGAUUCCAAGGACCGAAAGGGAGGGAACACGUGGCGUGCCAACGCACAGAGCCUGGUUAA